AUGAACGAGAUGGUUAAAACCUUAGCGAAUCUAUGCUUUGACGGUCUUUAUAAUUAUGGCAAAACGAUUACAAAUCGUAUUUCAAAAAGCGGUAGAGAACUAAGAGAAGAACGACGAGCACAGUUUACACUUUACCAUGUUAUAAAAGUAUUCAAAUUAUGGGAUUUACCCAAUAUUAUCCAACUGUAUGAAAAUGAUCUUACCAUAUGGAAUAUCCGUAUACAAGAUUUUAACAACCUUAACUUUGUAACAAUAGCACUUUGUCCUGUGUCACCAAGUGAAUUUGAAAGAUUUAAAGCAUUUCUUCGACAUCUAAUCUCUAACUGGUCUCGGGAAAUUAAAGUACAAAAACUGGACAAUGGUCACCUCAGUUUUGUAGUCACUCAUCCAGCGCCAGUACUAUUACAUAUCUUCCCCCGAGACCACACAGAGUUCGAUGAACAUUCCAGAUAUUCCACUUUAAAAUCAUCUCAUGUCAAAACUGUAUCAAAAAUGAUCAGUCUUAUAAUCGAAGAAUUUUGUUUGUGUAUACUGAACAAGCCUGAAAAACUGUCGGGAAACAUAGGAGAAAAACGUCAAACUGAAGAAACAACUAGAGAACAAAAUCCUGACGAAUAUCCUUUAUUUCCACGAAAUGAUAUAUUUACAACUGAUUAUUACUAUUAUCACAACAUACCUUCUGAUGUACUACAUCAGCAACUUGAUCAAACUUAUAUUUCAGCAUGCAAUAUUAGUCAAAAGUCACAGUUUCAAUUUCAAUUUGAACAUCAUUGGCUUCCUUUCAAUUCACUCUCUUGUCAAAGCUUACAGAAUGAAAGCUCGGAAGUUGAACGUUUGAAAGCGGAAAAUGAAACGAUUAAGAAAUCAAUUGAGACACUGACCUAUGCCUUCGAAGGUCAAAGAACAGUUUUGCAGCCUAAAAUAAAUAAGUUGAUUGAUCAGAACAAAAAGAUGGCGGUGAUAAUUUCUGAAAAAGAAGAUGAGAAAGAGGAAAUGUUUUUAGAAAUUGGCCGUUUAAAUGUGGAAUUAACCAGAAUACAGAAUGCAAAGAAAAGAGAUGAGCUAUUUAAUAAAACGUACAAGUUUCAAUCAGCUUCCACUCAGACGUCAGGGAUUUCAGAAUGGUCGAAUGCAUCCUUAGAUGCAAGGAUAUCGAGUGAUCAAACGACAGAGGUGAGAAAUAAUCAAGUUGAAAGUCAUUAUGGGCAAGAGUCACUUAACGAAACCGCAAGUCUAACUGAUAUGCCACAUACUGCUGUAGAUGGAAAUAUCCAUAAUAACUAUAAACUCUUGUUACUGCGAAUAUCUCACAAUCUCCUGAAGGAGGAUGUCCUCAAAUUAAAACAAUGGGUGGACACUGAAUUUGAAAUCGAUGUUUCUGGAAGUGUGAGCGCAAUUUUCUUCGAACUAGAUCGUAAGAAAAUCAUCAGUAUUACUAAUUUGAGUCGACUGAAAAAAUUCUUUGAGGAUAACUUAAGAUAUGAUUUUGUACAUCUUAUUGAUUAUUAUCUUCUUGGAGAGUACUCACAGCUAAAGAGUGUCAAGCCCAAUGAAGGAUUUGGAUCAUUUAAUCUAGGAUCAAACGCGCAGAAUGGAUUGACUUCUCAGAGGUUUGGUCAUUCACCAUCUGCACAACGGUCAUCACGUUCAACAACAAGAGGGUCUUUCACAGGGUUAUCACGUGGUCCAGCAAACGAGUUACGGGAUAAUGCACAUGGUUAUCAAGGGAUAUUUCAUGGAUUAUCACAAGUAAACUCGAGGGAUAUUGGAGGAAAUACUGGGGGUAUAUCAAGUUCUACACAACAUACCCAGCGAUCUGUUGCUCGAAAUGGCCCCGGCUCGAAUACACGCAGUCGUCAUCCUGUGACUUCAUCUAGUUGUGGCAAGGAAACUGCAAGUAACAGUAGUAAUACUUCCCAAGGUUUGGUAGUCACUGAUGGUGGAAGACGCGAGCACGGUGAAGGUAGGUUAAAUAAUUGUUAAUGUCUUCAAACUUUGGGGUUCAGUGAUGAACACUGUGUCAGAACACUGAAUGUGAACACUGAAUGUGAACACUGAACACUAUGUCUGAACACUGUGUUCACUGAUGAACACUGUGAUCAGUGGCGUAACGCAACCUCCGGAGGCUCCCCUUCAAAUUUUUAAGUGGGGGCUCUAAUUUUUCCCAAAAAGUUGGCUGGAGGGGUCAGGGGAGCGAGAAAACAAUUUUUCGAAACAUAUUCAUUAAAGAAAGGUCUAUGACAAGUUAAAAAAAGUACGAAAAAUGUUUCCCCAUCCAUGUCUGUAAAAAAGGAGUCUCGAUUUCACAUUUUACCAAUUCCUUCUUUUAGGGGACACCCGUUGCAAAUAUUUGGGCCUUCUAUAACUGAAGCUCGGGGCAAUUUGCCCAAUGUAUUAGCACAAAUUUUAUUGUUAUUUUUGUCGGAGGCCCCCGAGCGUGGUGGUGGCCUUUAAUGGACACGCGGACACCCGCAAAUUAGGCCACUGUGCGUGGUUAUUGGAAACCGGUGUUGUCAUACUUAUCUAAAGCGAUGUUUACAUCCUUCGUCAGUUGGGUUAGAUUCAACUGGAUGUUUAUAUAUUUUUAGUGUAUCACUGAUAUAAUGUCUACUGUUAGAUCACCGUAGUGUAUUUAUUUAUCUGUGAAUUUUGUCGCCCACAGUUCAGGCCAGCAGUCGAACAGUACGCGGCGAUCAAAUUAGUACUUCACGUGGCAGCAUUGGACACAAAUUGUCAAAAUUCCAACCACCUGAUGCGGAUGAGGACGGCCAAUGGUUAUGCAGUCAUUACAAACGACGUUGUUACGUGAAAUUUGAAUGUUGCAACAAGUUUUGGCCAUGUCAUCGUUGCCAUAACAACCAAAGCACGUGUGGCAGGAGAAAGCUUAAAUCACGUGACACGAAACAGAUCAAGUGUUUUGCUUGUGGUCAAGAACAACCGGUAUGCGGACAAUUAAGAAAUAAUUUCCAACAUUCGUUAUUCUUAUUGUUACCUUACACGAAAAACCUAUUUCAGCAAGAAAACUAUUUUAACGUAACAUACAGCUUUCUUUUGUGUUCCAGUCAUUAGUUCUCUCCUUUCCUCACCAUACGAUUGGAAUGGAAAACAACUUUGCGCUAAUAUUAUUGGAGUCUUAUACUACCCUUAAUGUUUCCUUAAUCCUAGCCUGAGUAUCAGGCCAUAUCUUUCCUUACUUAAAUGCGGGUGGAUGAAAGGGAAAACAGGGUCGCAUGUGAAAAGGCUAAAAUUCGGCUUUUCGCCUAAUUUGUUUGUCAGACAAUGAAAUAUUUAAUUUGGCUUUUGAUUUGUUAGCGCUCGUUAGAUUUUACUAUUGUUCAUAAUAUAUUUAGCAGUUUGUGGUGAAUUCCACUGCAAUAUUUUGAUUCUAUAGUAAAUAAAAACUUCACUGUGGGCGGAGAGCGACUGGAUUAAGAUUUGGUGGUGUUGUACAUCAAGUACAUUUGGUGGUGUUAUCACCGCGCCUGCCUUUCAAUCUGGGAGACUCGAGUUCAAUUCUUGAUCGCACCUCUACUCAAGGUUUUUAAAUAACUUCUCGGAUAAGGACGUUAAAUUAUAGUAGGUACCUCGGAUCCUGUAUAAAAUAGGCAAUAGCCUGUCGGGAAAAUCGCUCGUCAAUGAAUAAGAAACUCAAUAAACUAAGCCGUCGUAAUCCGUACCCUAAACUUCAUUUUAUCCAGUAAUCCUACUAUAAAUUUUACUGCUAUAUAUACCGGGUGUCCCCCAAAAAACUUGCGCUGUUUGAUUUAAUGUAACAUAAAAACUGUAAAAGCUAUUGCGCUCAAUUAAGUUUUAUUGCAUUUAGAAAGGGCUAACUUAGAUUUUGAUAUAUAACAUUUGAAUAUCCGUGCAAUAUUUACUGAGCUAUCGAUGUUUUAAAUCGAAUAAGCAUAUUUAACAAUGUUAAAUAUUUGCAUAAAAUUGCCAAUCAAAUAUUAUUUGGUUAAACUUGAUUACAUAGUUUUAUUGUGGCCAAAAGAACGAAUGUAAAACAUAAUUGUUGGACAAACAUUUAUUCAUUUAUCAUAGAAAGUAUGUCCCCUUGCACGUACAUAUACAAUGUCUUGCACGGGAAAACAUAAAAGCCAAACUCUUUGAUCUUUUGUUAAUCGAAGCGUAUUCGAAUGGCGAAUUAACGAGGACCUCUCAAAGGACGUCAAAUAUGCUUUCGAACGUUUUUAAAUUUUUCAUGCUUAUUUCGCUUCCCAAGAAACACGAAAGGUUAACUUAUUCUAGGACAUUACCCGAAAUUAAAGUUGAGUUGAAAUGCUGAAAUUGAAAUUGUUAAUUUUUGAGGAAAAUGGCAAUUUGUUUUCAUAUAAAUUUGAUCAGCCAUGUUUCUCGAUUUUUUUACUCAUUUUUAAAGCGUGCACCACAUUCAAACGUUUGUAUCUCAAGUAAUAUUACAUGAUAUUUUUAGGGCUGUAUAUCAAAAUCUAAGUAAGCCUUUCCUCAAUACAAUAAAACUUAUUUGAGUGUAAUAGCUUUUAUAGUUUUUACCUUACAUAAAAUCAAACACCGCAAGUUUUUUUUGGCACACCCGGUAUAUAAUCCUUAUCUUAUCCAAAUCUUCAAUCUUGUGGAAAUCUUUUAAAUCUUAAUUAUUUUGAAAUCAUUAGUAAUAUGCAUGGGAACCAGUCAAAAAUAUAGGACCCUGUUAGGUUUGGUAUGCAUGUUUCUCGUCGGAUGCAUUGUCCUUUUUUCUUUUCCAUGUCAUUGUCACAAUUUAGACAAAGUUUGUGUCCAAUGUUGCUAUUUCAUGUUCUAUAUGUCGUCAUUUCAAGGCAAUGUCACAAAAUGUAUCCUAACAGGGCCUCAUAAUACCUUAUUUCCUCAUCCUGCCAGCCCCCGCCCUCUAGUAUCCACCACUGAUUUGACCGUAGUUCAAAAAUGACCUAUCAUAGUUUCAACUAUUGUGUCAAUCGAACCAAAUGUUCUUUCAAUUCUUAAUUUCAGUUUGCACAUCACUGUUCAAGAUGUAACGCGAAAUUUGCGAGAUAUUUUUGUGGUCAAUGUAAGCACCUGACAGGCACUGAUGACAAUCCUUACCAUUGUGAAAAGUGCGGUAUUUGCAGGUGAGAUAGAUUAUACAACUGUUGAUACAACUAUUGAAUACCGCGCAUGCUGAAACAGUUGUGUAGCUUGAUAGCCUACGAACCCACGGAGGAGGUCAAUUGUUUUAACGAGAAUUUGUGGAUAAUCUUAUCAACACAUCGCAAUUCCAUCAUUUCAAAAAGUCAAAUACUGGUUUGCUUUGAUUUUCUUAACUGGCGUGUGCUCAAAAUUUUUAUUUUAGAAUUCACGGAGAUCGUUCAUUUCAUUGCGAUGUCUGCGGUGUGUGUUUGGACGUCCAACUUCGUGGAAAUCACAAAUGUCGCGCUGGCUCUGCACAUGAUGAAUGUUGCAUUUGUUUAGAG